CCUUCUUCCUCGAGCUUUUUCCAAAAUGAAGAAAUUCAAUUUUCGCAAAGUUCUGGAUGGUCUGACCGCCUCCUCGCCCGGUGGCAGCGCUGGCGGUGGUGGGGCUGGCGGAGGUUCCGCGCACCCCGGAGGGACUGCGGGCGCCGCGGGGACUCCUCGGGAGGAGAUCCAGGAGACGCUAACUUCGGAUUAUUUCCAGAUCUGUAAGACGGUUCGUCAUGGUUUUCCUUAUCUACCCACUGCCUUAGCUUUUGACCCAGUUCAGAAAAUUCUGGCAAUUGGAACAAGAACAGGAGCCAUACGAAUAUUGGGUAGGCCUGGUGUUGAUUGCUACUGCCAACAUGAAAGUGGUGCUGCAGUCCUACAGCUCCAGUUCUUAAUCAAUGAGGGUGCUUUGGUCAGUGCAUGUGCAGAUGAUACGCUUCAUUUGUGGAAUCUCAGACAGAAACGACCAGCAAUCCUACAUUCUCUCAAAUUUAACAGAGAACGAAUUACUUACUGCCAUCUACCUUUCCAGAGUAAAUGGCUUUAUGUUGGAACAGAGCGGGGAAAUACACACAUUGUAAAUAUCGAGUCCUUCAUUCUUUCUGGAUAUGUUAUCAUGUGGAACAAAGCAAUAGAACUAUCCACUAAAACUCAUCCUGGACCAGUUGUACAUUUAAGUGAUAGCCCAAGAGAUGAAGGGAAACUAUUGAUAGGCUAUGAAAAUGGGACUGUAGUAUUCUGGGACUUACGAUCUAAAAGAGCUGAUUUGAGAGCUUAUUAUGAUGAGGCUAUUCAUUCUGUUGCUUGGCACCAUGAAGGAAAACAGUUUAUGUGCAGUCACUCUGACGGAAGCCUGACUUUGUGGAACCUGAAAAGUCCUAACAGACCGUUCCAGACCACAAUCCCACAUGGAAAAAUUCAAAGAGAUGGAAAAAAACCUGAAUCCUGUAAACCAAUUCUUAAAGUGGAGUACAAAACCUGUAAGAACAGUGAACCAUUUGUGAUAUUUUCCGGUGGGUUGUCAUAUGAUAAGGCUUGUCGAAGACCAAGUCUAACGAUUAUGCAUGGGAAAGCAAUUACAGUUCUUGAAAUGGAUCAUCCCAUAGUUGAUUUUUUAACUCUUUGUGAAACCCCAUACCCAAAUGAAUUUCAAGAACCCUAUGCUGUAGUUGUUCUUUUGGAAAAAGAUCUCAUUGUUGUUGACCUGACACAAAGCAAUUUUCCAAUCUUUGAAAAUCCAUAUCCUAUUGACAUUCAUGAGUCACCUGUCACCUGCACAGAAUAUUUUGCCGACUGUCCUCCAGAUUUGAUUCCUGUACUCUAUUCUGUAGGAGCAAAACAUAAAAAGCAAGGAUACAGCAAUAAGGAAUGGCCUAUCAGUGGUGGAGCAUGGAAUCUUGGAGCUCAGACAUAUCCUGAAAUCAUUAUUACAGGCCAUGCAGAUGGAUCAGUAAAGUUUUGGGAUGCUUCUGCCAUUACUCUGCAGAUGUUGUACAAAUUAAAAACAUCAAAAGUCUUUGAAAAACAGAAGCCAGGGGAAGGAAAAGCAACAGCUGAGAUUGUGGAAGAAGACCCUUUUGCAGUUCAAAUGAUGUACUGGUGUCCUGAAAGCCGAAUUUUCUGUGUGGCAGGAGUUUCUGCAUAUGUGGUUGUUUAUAGAUUCAGCAAACAUGAAGUAAAUACUGAAAUUGCGUCACUAGAGGUACGACUUCAGUAUGAAGUAGAAGAUAUCAUUACUCCUGAACCGGAAAUAAUUCCUCAAUUUCCAGAUGCCUCCUCCCAGCUUCCUUCUUUAAAGAGUCUUUCAGGUAGUACCAACACUGUAGCAUGCGAAGGAAUGAUGAAGGACAGCAUCCCAUGUCUUAGUGUUAAGACUCGACCUGUGCGAAUGCCUCCUGGAUAUCAAGCAGAUCUUGUUAUUCAGUUGGUGUGGGUGGAUGGUGAGCCUCCACAACAGAUUACCAGUCUUGCUGUAAACUCUGCUUAUGGACUAGUGGCAUUUGGAAACUGCAAUGGCUUGGCUGUUGUGGACUUCAUGCAAAAGACAGUACUACUGAGCAUGGGAACCCUUGAAUUGUAUGGAUCAAGUGAUCCGUACCAACGCCAGCCCCGUUCACCUCGCAAAAGCAAGCAGUUUGCUGCAGACAACUUUUGCAUGCGUGGCCUGUCUAACUUUUAUCCAGAUUUAACGAAACGGAUCCGUACUUCCUAUCAGAGCCUGACUGAACUCAGUGACAGUCCAGUUUCCCUGGAGCUAGAGCGUUGCAAGUCUCCCACUUCAGAUCACGUGAAUGGUCACUGUACCAGCCCAACAUCCCAGAGCUGCAGUUCAGGAAAACGACUUUCCAGCGCGGACGUCUCAAAAGCAAACCGCCGAGGGCCCGGGAGGCCCCCCUUUAGAAAAGCGCAGUCUGCAGCCUGCAUGGAGAUUUCCCUCCCAGUCACCACAGAAGAAAACCGAGAAAACUCCUUCAGCCGUUCCCGAAGCUCCAGCGUGUCGAGUAUCGACAGGGACUCCAAGGAGGCAAUCACAGCCUUGUACUUCAUGGAGUCCUUUGCCCGAAAGAACGACUCUGCUGUCUCCCCAUGCCUCUGGGUCGGAACAGGCCUUGGUAUGGUCUUAAUCCUCUCUCUUAACCUGCCUGCCAGUGACGACUUACGGCAGUCAGAGCCGGUCAUGGUGUCACCAAGUGGCACAGUUCUGACACUGAAAGGAGCCGUGCUGACCUUCGCCUGCUUGGACUGCACGGGGACAUUGAUACAUCCACCUUAUGAAGUAUGGAGGGACCCACACAGUGCUGAUGAUGGGGAAAAAACAAGGAAAAGGAAACUUGUCAUGCAUUCCCCUUCCUCCUCCCAGGAUAUGGGUGAUCAUCAAUUUGCAGUCAUUUGUUCAGAAAAACAAGCCAAAGUCUUCUCAUUGCCUUCCCAAACAUGUCUUUAUGUCCACAACAUCACCGAAACGUCCUUUUUAUUACAAGCAGAUGUGGUCACCCUCUGUAACAGCGUCUGUCUGGCGUGCUUUUGUGCCAAUGGGCACAUCAUGACACUGAGCUUGCCCAGCCUUCGCCCACUGCUGGACAUCAACUAUCUGCCUGUAACGGAUAUGAGGAUAGCACGGACCUUUUGUUUCAGUAACGAAGGGCAGGCUUUGUACCUCAGCUCUCCCACUGAGAUCCAGCGCCUCACGUACAGCCAGGAGAUGUGUGACAACCUUCAGGACAUGCUUGGGGAUUUGUUUACUCCUGUGGAAACACCAGAAGCCCAAAACAGAGGCUUUCUUAAAGGGCUUUUUGGAGGAAGUGGACAAGCUUUCGACAGAGAGGAGCUUUUUGGUGAGGCCACGGCAGGAAAAGCCUCUCGCAGUCUCGCCCAGCACAUCCCUGGAUCAGGUGGAAUUGAAGGCGUGAGAGGAGCCGCAGGAGGAGUCAUUGGGGACUUGACUCGUGCUCGUAUUGCUCUGGAUGAGAGAGGACAGAAACUGGGAGAGCUGGAUGAAAGGACCGCGAGCAUGAUGGCCAGUGCAGAGGCAUUUUCCAAACAUGCACAUGAGGUGAUGCUGAAAUACAAGGACAAAAAAUGGUACCAGUUUUAAACUUUUAAAGAAUCUGCUUGUGGCUUUGUUCAGAACACUGCUGAGGGAAGCAACGUUCAUUCCCAAAUCUAUCAGUCAUCGGCCAGAAACAAUUUUUUGUCUCCUAGAAGAAGUUUUCCUCUUACUGUAUUGGAAUCAUCGCAGUGGGCAUCAAAGAAAUUUUCCAGAACAUGAGUUGGAAACUAGAGUCAUGUGGGCCUUACGGCAGCAACUGGCUUAUGCAGGAGCCAGUCUUUCUCAAAAGGAACUCAACCAUCACUGUGGCAUGUAGCUUUUCAGAAGCUGUAGGUAUGAACUGUGGGGAGCGUGUCUGGUUAAAAAUACUCUGUACAAACUCGAAUGUUAAUGCACUUAGAAAACUUUGCAUGGUUAAUUGACAUCUUAAAAAAAAAAAAAAAAAA